AUGAAAACCACCUACAUCGUGCUGGAACUGAUCAUCGCCGUGCUGUCGAUCGCCGGCAACGUCCUGGUCUGCUGGGCCGUGGCCAUCAACAGUACCUUGAAGAACGCGACCAACUAUUUCCUGGUGUCCCUGGCCGUGGCUGACAUUGCCGUGGGUCUGCUAGCCAUCCCUUUCGCCAUCACCAUCAGCAUCGGAUUCCAGGUGGAUUUUCACAGCUGCCUCUUCUUCGCCUGCUUCGUGCUGGUGCUGACCCAAAGCUCCAUUUUCAGCUUGCUGGCGGUGGCCAUCGACAGGGACCUGGCUAUUAAGAUCCCACUGAGGUAUAAUAGUCUGGUGACUGGCAAGCGGGCAAGAGGACUCAUCGCUGUGCUGUGGCUCCUGUCCUUUGGAAUUGGACUGACUCCCCUUAUGGGCUGGAAUAAAGCUAUGAGCGGUUGUCCCAACGCCACCAACGAGACAGGGGCUGACACCGGGACAGAGCACCAUGGCUGCUUCAUCUCAUGCCUCUUUGAGAACGUGGUAACGAUGAGCUACAUGGUGUAUUUCAACUUCUUCGGCUGCGUGCUGCUUCCGCUCAUUAUCAUGCUGGGAAUCUACAUUAAGAUAUUUAUGGUUGCCUGCAAACAGUUGCAUCAGAUCGAACUGAUGGGCAACUCCAGGACCACACUGCAGAAGGAGGUCCACGCAGCCAAGUCUCUGGCCAUCAUCGUAGGACUUUUUGCCUUCUGUUGGCUGCCCCUGCAUAUCUUGAACUGCAUCACUCUCUUCCAUGAGGAGUUCUCCAAAUCCAAGCCUGAGUGGGUGAUGUAUAUGGCCAUCAUCCUCUCCCAUGCCAACUCUGUAAUCAAUCCCAUCAUCUAUGCCUAUAGGAUCAGGGACUUCCGCUACACCUUCCACAAGAUCAUUUCCAAGAUCCUCUGUAAGACGGAUGACUUCCCCAAGUGCGCCACUGACAACAACCAGCACCUGACUGUCACCAACAUUAAUUCUCCAGUAGCCUCUGUGACCAUAUGACCGUGCAUGUCCUGCUCCUAGGAUUUUGCAGUCUGUCCCUGACACUACCCUUCCCUGUGCCUAUGUGAACAGUUGCGGCUAACUCCUAGAGGAGUGCUCAGAGAUGACCACUAUGCAGUUAUGCAGCUGUAUUUUUUUUUUUUUUAAUUAUUUUCAUAAUUAACCUAGUGCCUCCUAGAGGAAUAACCUGACCAAGGAGACUGAGCGCAGCUCACCCUCGCUGUAAACCCAGGUUGUGUGAGUGCUGGUGAUCGUAUCAUAUUUCCUUUCCAGGUCAGACAUUGACUGUGGGAGACCCACCUGCUGGUGGUGCUUCCCCAAUUGUGCUGCUCAUAUUAAGUCCUAGGAUCUUUAUUUUAAUUAUUAUUAUUUUUUUUUA